AUGGCUUCAGCACACGCCGAUAAUCCAAUCCUCAAUGGUCGUUUUUCAGAUGUUGGUACAGAGCCGUGCACAACGCCGAUUCCUAUAGCAGGAUAUGAGAAGAUGCCAUUGGUCUCACUUGAAGAAGCUGUCGAACCGCUUCUUUCACUUGUACCUGGCGUUCAACGAACAGUAUGGAUUGUGAAACAACGUUGUGAAAAUCCAUUAGACGAACUAUCACCUGAUGAAUCAGCUUCUAUUAUGCUCUAUACCACAGAAGGAACAUGCAGAGAUGAUUCAUUCUAUUCUAUUCUCAAUUCAACUCUACGCACCGAAGAUAGGACAAAAUUGCGACCGUGGUUUUUGUAUCUCAAACUCGUGCUCACUGCUCUUUCGAAACUUCCUCCAACUGACCGUCACACCACCGUCUAUCGAGGAAUAAGACUCGAUAUGAGCCAUGAAUAUCCUCAAGGCAAGACAUUUGUUUGGUGGGGAUUCUCCUCAUGUACGACAAGUAUCGAUGUUUUGGAGCAGGAUCUGUUUCUUGGAAAAACAGGUCCAAGAACUUUAUUUAUGAUCGAAUGAAGUUGA